AUGGCGGCGCCCGUGUUGCGGUGUUUUUGUCGUAGCCGGUGGUUCAGUACCUCUGGCGGGUUAGCAGUUUUGCCCCUGGGAUCGCGUAAGGCCCACUCGGGCUCCCAGGGGUUAUUGGCAGCGCAGAAGGAACGAGGCCUGUUCAAGGAUUUCUUUCCAAACAGAAGUACGGAGAUAGAGCUUCCAGAACUCUUCGACCGCAGCAGGGCGGACAACUUUCCCCAGACUAUCUACUGUGGCUUCGACCCCACGGCCGAUUCGCUUCAUGUGGGGCAUCUGCUGGCAGUGCUUGGCCUGUUUCACUUCCAGCGAGCGGGCCACAAUGUGAUCGCGUUGGUUGGAGGCGCUACGGCACGUCUCGGGGACCCAAGCGGCCGCACUAAGGAACGCGAGGCACUGGACGCCAAACGCGUGGGAGCCAACGCGCGCGCCCUGCGCCAAGGCCUACAAUCGCUGGCGGCUAAUCAUCAGCAGUUCUUCGCUGAUGGACAGGCAUGGGGCAGCUUCACUGUACUAGACAAUUCGGCUUGGUACCAGAGGCAACAGCUGGUGGACUUCUUGGCAACAGUGGGUUGCCACUUCCGCAUGGGCACGUUGCUUAGCCGGUUCAGUGUCCAGACCCGGCUCAAAAGCUCUGAGGGCAUGAGCUUGUCAGAGUUCUUAUACCAGGUGCUCCAGGCCUAUGACUUUUACUACCUGUUUCAGCAUUAUGGAUGCCGGGUCCAGCUGGGUGGGUCUGAUCAGCUGGGCAACAUUGUAUCCGGAUACGAAUUCAUCCACAAGUUGACUGGAAAAGAUGUAUUUGGAAUCACUGUCCCUCUAAUAACAAGUACAACUGGAGCAAAGUUGGGAAAGUCAGCUGGCAAUGCUGUUUGGCUAAACAGAGAUAAAACAUCUCCAUUUGAAUUGUAUCAGUUCUUGGUGAGGCAACAAGAUGAUUCUGUAGAAAGGUACCUGAAGCUCUUCACUUUUCUGCCCCUUUCAGAAAUUAACCACAUAAUGCAGCUGCAUGUCAAAGAGCCAGAAAAGCGGGGUCCUCAAAAGCGACUUGCUGCAGAAGUAACAAAGCUUGUUCAUGGGCAAGAAGGGCUAAAAUCUGCUAAAAGGUGUACACAAGCUCUUUAUCAUAAUAGCAUAGAUGCACUGGAGGUCAUGUCUGAUGAAGAGUUAAAAGAGUUGUUUAAGGAAGCUUCAUUUUCCGAAUUAGUUCUUGACCCUGGAACAAGCGUCCUAGAUACUUGCCGCAAAGCGAAUGCCAUUCCAGAUGGCCCCCGAGGGUAUCGGAUGAUAACAGAAGGCGGAGUUAGUAUAAAUCACAAACCAGUAACAAAUCCUGAGAGUGUUUUAGUUGUUGGACAACAUAUACUCAAGAAUGGACUUUCACUACUUAAAAUAGGAAAAAAGAAUUUUUACAUUAUAAAAUGGCUUCAGCUAUAA